UAUGUCGCGCGCCUGAAAGCGUCUUUCUCCAUGACAACACGCGCCGGUGCCUUCACUUCCGGUAAACACACUCAGCCCUUGGCUCCAGUACAGAAGUCUUAUUAUGAGCGAAGUGCAAGAUAUAGUAGACGCUGUAGAAACACUUUCAGAUGUUGAUGUGUGUUACACGGUGUUUGAAGGCUCGUCGCAAGAGGAUGUAGCUUACGCCAAAGUCUUCUGGAGCUCCCUGUGUUUACAGCCACCCAUCGAGUCCAGCUUAGUGUCGGUGGAUAUCAGACAGCGUCUGAAGGUAGCCAAGACCCCGCAACGCAAGUCCAGUAAUAAUGUUCCCAAGCAGCCACCAUGGUCUAAAAAUGAUGAGAGCCUACAGAAGGCGUACCAGCUACAGAUGCAGGAUGAGAAGCAGAGAUAUCUGGAAAUGGCAAAAAAGCGUGAUGAGAUCAUGGCACUCUUAAAGAAGCAGAGAGAAGAUCGGAUUAAGAAAGAAAUGGUAUCCCGUCUGCACAAGCCAAGUAGACCUGAGCUGACUGAGAGGUUUUCUUGCAAGACUCCUCCUGAGGUUCUGGAUCAGGACAUAAAGGAUGUCCGAGACCUUGUAUAAAGGGUGCCACCUGCCUUUUGAAACCUCAUACUAUAAUUUUGUUUGGAGUAUAAGAAUAUGAAUGGUACUUUAGAUUAAACUGUCCUGUAACAAAUGUAUGUUGCCUGUACACACUUCUUGUGGAAAACAGAAACUUUGUACACAAUUUUUUUUAUGGAUUAAAAGACAGAUUAUAGAAAUUUAA